AUGAUGAAUUCUCAUCAGCUGGCCGGCCUGUUUGGAAUUCUUGGAAACAUCAUCUCGUUCAUGGUGUUCUUGUCUCCACUGCCAACAUUUCAUACGAUUUACAAGAGAAAAUCGUCCGAGGGUUUUCACUUUCUUCCAUACUCUGUUGCGUUGUUUAGCUGUAUGAUAACUUUAUACUACGCAUUGGUGAAGCAGCACGUGGUUUUUCUCAUAACCAUCAACAGCAUUGGAAUGUUUAUUGAGACUAUAUAUCUCGUACUCUACUUCGUUUAUGCCAAGAAACGGGGCAGGAUUUUGACGUCAGUGGCGGUACUUGUGUUCAACAUUGGAGUUCUAGGGUUAAUCGUUGUUUUGACGUACCUGCUUUCCGAAGGUGACAAACGAGUGAAAAUUGUAGGAUGGAUCCUUUCGGUCAUCGCAGUCUGCGUUUUCGCUGCUCCUCUUAGCAUUAUGAUGAAAGUUAUAAGGACAAAGAGCGUGGAAUACAUGCCCUUUAACUUGUCCUUGUUCCUUACUCUCUGCGCCGUCGUCUGGCUUCUCUACGGGAUUUGUAUCCGCGAUUUCUACAUAGCUACGCCAAACGUGCUGGGAUUUGUAUGCGGAAUAGCACAGUUAAUCCUGUAUGCGAUAUAUAGAGACCGGAAAACGGCAGCAGUGGUGGCGCCCAACGGUGAGAUUCAAGGCGUGUCCAUCGUGGUGGACGCCACGGCGGCGGAGAUGCUACAGAAAGUCACAGACGACAGUAGUGAUGAGAUCCAAGAAACGACGUCGUCCGUCGUGGUUGACAUGAAGGCGGUGGAGAUGCAGCAGGGGAAAACUAGCACUACCAAUAACGGCACUGUUGUUCCAGUCAGAGAUGAUCCAAUUGUUGCUACAAGGAACUAGUUUGCGCUACUUGCAUUGGCUAUCUACAACCCAUAAAACAUUACAUAUGAAGCUAAGCUCUCAUCUCAUAUAUGUGUGGUUUGCAAUAAGGUGUCAUCGCCAUUCUUACUAGUACUUUUUUUUUUCUUCCCCUUUUUAAGUUGAAGAUCAGAGCUAUAUCUGUAUGUUCAUCAUAUCCCAUCAAUGUUUGUUUUGUAUUUUGUUCUAUGGGUUUAAUUAAUCAAUAUAAGA